ACGAGGCAAAAGUCCACUUGUGCUCAUCUUUAUAGCCAAUAAACCGAGAUAAGCGUUCAUCUCAAAGGUUAGCUCGAAGUCUGUUUCACACAUUAGCUAUCACUCACAACUGCUUGAUGGGAAUUGAAUUCACUCGGGAAAAAGGGAUUUGUCUUUGAUAUUCUUUUAUUGAUCCAUCAUUUAACAAGAAAAAUGGAUUUGAGGCCUAAAGGAACUACUGCAGUUUUCGUUCUCCUGGUUCUUUUCACAUUCUGCAAGUUCAGUGAAACACAAAAUCUUUGCUGGGUGGAAGACAAUUUACCAUUAAUUUUUUUUAUUCCGGAAAACAACAAUAUUGGUGCCACAGUAACAACACUCAACGCUGAGGCAGGGGUGACGGCUACAAUCACUAGUCAGGAUCCAGAGGGUCUCUUCAGCCUCAGUGGAUACGAUCUCAUUGCUGAAACUGUGCUGGACUUUGAGACAUUUGACCAGAACAAACUUCAUGAGGUGAAUAUCGAGUGUACAAAAGCUGACUCUCUCUCUACCACGCUGACUUUGAAAAUAGUCGUUGAGGAUAUAAAUGAUAAUCCACCAGCGUUUGCAGAGAGUCAGUACACCCUUGAUGUCGAUGAGUUAUCAAAAGUGGAUACCAGUGUUGACCUAAUCACAGCAAAAGAUCCUGAUAAAACUGAUAGACUUUACUACCAACUGGAUUCUCCUGAGGGAGAAUUUGACCUGGAGGCCAAUUUCAAUCCCAACAUUCUGGUGAAAAAAGUGCUGGAUUAUGAUAAAACUAAAAAAGUCACAAUGACACUAUAUGUGCAGGACACACCGAUUGGAUCUAAAGCUGAAGCCUCCCACACUGCUUCAACCACCAUUAUAGCCAACAUCAUAGACAUUGACAACCGUCCACCGUGGAUCCAGCCUUGUACAGAAGCCGAGUUUGGCACAAGCAAAGUGUGCAUGAGCUCUGGUUAUGAAGGGACUGUCAACUUAAAUGAACAAGUGACAGGUCCUUUGUCCUUGAAGCCAGGUCCAGUCAUGGCCAUUGAUGGUGACCUAGGCAGGAACGAGCCCAUUGGCUAUGCAUUUCUUGGAGGAAAUGAGGAUCACGUAUUUCAAAUCGACAAUGACACUGGGAGCAUCACAAUGCUGAAACCAGUUGAGGUUGCAGGACCGAUUAUCCUUUCAAUCAUGGCAUAUCAGAAGGAGAACGCCGAUCAGUUUGCCACCACUACAGUCAUCCUGAAGGUGGUGAUAUCCAGCAAGUUCCCUCCGACAUUUGUGAAGCCCAGUUAUGAAGGCUUUAUCUCAAAGGAUGCAGGUCUGGACAGUCUGGUUCUGGAGAGCAAAACGUCCAACAGACCCCUGAGAGUACAAGCUACAGAUAAAGACUUUUCUGAUGGCUAUAAUCCUAACCUCAGAUUUGAGGUUGUAGCUGGCACUGACUUCUCAAUCACUCCAGAGGGUUUCAUACUCAUGUCGAAGACGGUUUCCCCAGGCACUGUAAAUUUAGAAAUGAGGGUGGUUGACACAGCCAAUGAAGAAUCAAGCACCGCUUCACUUGUGGUUGAGGUCACUUCAGGGGGACAGCAGGUGAAAGCAGGUGAGUUCAGUUCGGGCGAUAUGGCGGCUGUAGGGGCCUCUUUGGCUGUGGUUAUCAUUCUGUGCUUGGUUUGCAUUGGACUGAUGGUGCACCGAAUCAAGGGCCAUAACGCAGACUGGAAGAAGAUUUCCGAGGCUAGCGCCUUCCGUAGCACACUUGGUGGAGGCUCGGGCGGUCCUAAAGUGGGUGUACAGUACUGCAAUGAGGGCUUCCAGCACGAUGCUGAUUCUGGAAGUGUUAACUCUAAGUUAGCUGCAGACCUGGAGAACAAACUGGAGUCCGGACUGAACAAGAUGACCCCCAACGCCCUGCUCCAGACCACCAGCAGCCCUCCAGUCGACUCCAGCAGCCUGUCAGGUUCAGAAACCAUCGACGGCGAGAAGGAAGUCAAACCAAUCCUGACCAAAGAGCGGCGCAAUGAGGAGGGAUACAAAGCGGUUUGGUUUAAGCAAGAUGUCGACCCCAGCACCAAAGAGGAAGUGGUCAUCAUUCCCGACGCUGGUGAAGCGGAUGCAGGCCAUGAGGAAGAUGACGACACUGAGGAAGAGGAUAGCCUAAGGACUGACAUGGAUUCGGACGAUGAGGACGGACUGAUGACUGAUGAUUUGUAGACC